AUGGGAGGGUUUCACGUUGUUGAGGAUCGUCCGACCCCGAAAGAGGUUUACAACUGGACGCUUUACCUCGAGGCCAUCGCCCUCGCAAUGGGUUCCUUCUUAUUUGGUUAUGACUCGGCCUUCGUCGGGACCACGAUCGCAAGAGCGAGCUUCAAGAAAGACUUCAACAUCACAAAAUCGUCAGCUAGCAGCAUCUCCAGCAACAUUACCUCAGCCUUCCAGGCCGGUGCUUUCUUUGGGGCUGUAUUCUGCUUCUUCUCUACAGAACGGUGGGGACGUAAGAUAACUUUGCUGAUCAACGUAUUUGUGUUCAUCAUCGGCGCGAUUCUGAUGACUGUCACUCCGAAUGAAUUAUCAUAUAUUUAUGCUGGGCGAGUCCUCACAGGGCUGGGUUGCGGAGCGAUCACCGCCACCGUACCGUCUUAUAUCGCUGAACUAUCCAUCUCUUCUAUUCGGGGUAUUCUUACAGGUCUGUUUGAACUUGCAUAUCAAGUCGGAUCCGUCGUUGGCUUUUGGAUCAAUUAUGGUAUUAAUAAGAAUAUGGACGUCACCUCUUCGGCCAGCUGGAGGCUUCCCAUGGGCUUCCAAUUGGUACCUUCGUGCUUACUCUUUGUCUGCGCAUUCUGGAUACAUGAAUCACCUUUAUGGCUCAUGCGCAAGGGUAAAGCAGAAAAGGCCGCCCAUAAUCUGCAGGUGCUGCGUCGCCUCCCUGCAGACCAUCAAUAUCUCCAAGAAGAGAUAGCAGCGCUACAGGUUCGUCUCGAGGAGGAAGCCCAAAUAGCCAGCCGCUAUGGAUCAGGCCCCUGGGCCUUUUUCCGGGGAGCCAUGUCCGAGUUCUCUCAGAAGGGCAUGAGAAACCGCAUUUUCAUCACCUUCUGCGCCUUCACUCUUCAAAACCUGUCCGGAGCUUCGGCAAUCAACUAUUAUUCCCCUACGCUAUUUGGAUCCUUGGGUGUCACAGACGUAUCACUUUACACCGGUAUCUACGGACUAGUCAAGGCAAUCGCAUCCAUCAUGUAUUACUCUUUCUUCAUCGACAUUGUUGGCCGAAGACGGCCCGUGCUCGUUUCGACUUUCGUGUGUUCGACGUGUUUGUGGAUCGUCGGGGCCUAUGUCAAAGUUGGCCAUCCUGCAGAUAUCAUCAAAGCCGGCCAAGAACUGUCCUCGUCUACGGCUGCGGGUGGCCGCAUGGCGAUAGGCAUGAUCAUGAUUUACGCUAUUUUCUGGUCCUUCGGUCUCAACGGUGUUCCAUGGAUCCUCGCCGCCGAAAUUUUCCCCGGUGCGUUACGAAACUUUUCAGGAACCUUCGCUGCUCUGGUGCAAUGGGCUGUUCAAUUCUCAAUGACCAAAGCCCUUCCGUACAUCUUUGACUCCUUUGGCUACGGAACCUGGUUCUUCUUCGCAGCGUGGAUGCUGGUCGCUACGUGCUGGCAGUUCUUCCUUGUUCCAGAAACCAAAGGCCUUACGAUCGACCAAAUGGAUCUCAUCUUGUACGUCCUGGCCCAGUUUUACUUUCCCGUGCAAUUCCAGAGAGCUAACCCAUGUUUAACACUCAACAGUGGAUACAAAACCGAUGUUCCAUAUCGCAUUCCACACACUUCGGUGACAACGCGCAUGACCAAUUCUAUCAAGGAAGCACUGCCCGUGGAAGCUUUUGACGGGCACAAAAGUGUUGGCGUCCACCUGGAGGAGACAAAAGAAGAGACGGUCUGA